AUGUCCGCGCAAGUCCCCAAGGCAGCUUCAGUGGAAGAACAAAAGGAAAUGGAAGAUAAAGUGACUCAUCCAGAGAAAGCUGAAGAAGCAAAGUUAAAAGCAAGGAAUCCACACUUGCGACAAAAGCCUGGUGGUUCCGAUUUUUUAAGGAAACGACUGCAGAAAGGGCAAAAUUAUUUUGAUUCUGGGGAUUGCAACGUGGCAAAUGCAAAAAUGAAGAACCAGCAAAUUCCUGCUGCCCUGUAUAAGACAGAGGUCACUGGUGACCACAUUCCCACAGUACCUUCCUCAGCGAAAACCAUCCCUGAUUGCUAG